UUGGCGUCAACAAGGCGACAGUCUAUUUUAAUCACUCCGCCACAUUUACCUGAUUGGCUGAACCGGGCCGAAGAUAACCUCUCCGGUAGUUUUGUUCUUGUCAAGAUCAGUAUGUAGAGGGGGGGGGACUGGUUUCAGACUGCGAUGCCUCACAUAUGACGUUGGGUUGGAUUUUCAUUGGUUGUUUAGACUUGUUCACAUGACCAUAAGCUCGAGACGAUGUAGUCUAUUUGGAACUGGUUCGCUCUGGUCGUUUCUCAUUCUGGCAUUGCAUUUAGUUUAUCCACGUGUAACUGGUAAAUAACAUUAACGAUACUUUACUCCAUGAAAGAUUUCUCACGGACUGGCCACAUGAUUUCAGGGGCACAGUGAGUAAGGUCACUCAUCAGGCACCAUAGAGAUACAGCUCAACAUGGUUCCUGUCACUUCAACGUCAAACAGAAAGGCACGUAUCCCUAAUUCCUGCUAGCCUUUUCUGAGCUGCAUUUUCUGAUCAGAAUCCUGAAGAUCUUUGUCCAAAGAGAAUACUCUGUAACAAUGAUUUCUGAUAUUCCAUACGAGAAGAUGUGUGAUGUGGAGUCCAGGAGAGAAGAGUCCUGCAGGAAAGGACAGAUGUAUUAUAGGUGUCUGCUGGGUCUCACUGGAGUGGCCACUCUGCUAUUGGCUGCCCUGUUCCUCCAGACCCUGCUGCUUCCCGUGGUUAACUCCUCCCCAAACAAGCCCGGCUUCAAGCUCCCACUUCCUCUCGCUGACACCUGCACCGACCCCUGCAAAAUCGUUCUGUUGGAGAGCAUCCCAGAGGGGUUAGAGUUCAACUCUAGUGUCACCAACCCAUCCAUCUACCAGGCUUGGCUCAACCUGAUUAGUGAGGCUCGCAGUAGCGUGGACAUUGCGUCUUUUUAUUGGACGCUCACCAACAAAGAUACAGGCACUCACGAGCCAACAGCGAAUCAGGGUGAGGAUGUCCUGAAUAGGCUAGUUCAGGUGUCUCGGAAGCUCUCUGUUCGCAUCGCUGUAAAUACACCAACAGAGUCCCAACCUCAGGAAGACAUCAAUCUCUUAAAAAGUUCUGGUGCUGAUGUAAGAGCCGUGAACAUGCGGGAUUUGACCACUGGAGUACUUCACACAAAGUUCUGGGUGGUAGACAACAAGCACAUUUAUAUUGGCAGUGCCAACAUGGACUGGAGGUCCCUUACCCAGGUGAAGGAGCUGGGGGCUGUGGUGUACAACUGCAGCUGCUUGGCUGCAGACCUGGAGAAGAUCUUCGAGGCCUACUGGUACCUUGGGCAAAAAGACACACCCAUCCCGUCUCCUUGGCCCAGCAGUUUCAACACUCCUUACAAUAAGGACACGCCCCUGCAACUGCCACUCAACGGCACAGCCUCCAGCGUGUAUCUGUCGAGCUCUCCACCAUCUUUCUGUGCUGCCGGGAGAACCAGAGACCUGCAGUCUAUUCUCAGUGUGAUGGAGGACGCACGGGAGUUUGUCUACAUCGCUGUCAUGAACUACUUGCCCACCAUGGAGUUUUCACAACCCAAACGUUACUGGGCAGAAAUUGACACUCAGAUCAGACGUGUGGCAUACGAGAAGCGGGUGAAGGUGCGUCUGCUCAUCAGCUGUUGGGCGAGCACUUCGCCUGUCAUGAUCCCCUUCCUGAAAGCCUUGGAUUCAAUGCAGGAACCCAAGGCCAAGCUGGAUGUCCAGGUGAAACUCUUUAUUGUGCCAGCCAAUCCAAAGCAGAAAGAAAUCCCCUUUGCCAGAGUCAACCACAACAAAUACAUGGUGACAGACAAGGUUGCCUACAUAGGUACCUCUAACUGGUCUGGAGACUAUUUUGUGAACACUGCUGGAUCGGCUUUGGUGGUGAACCAAACGGCUGCCCAGUCAGUGGAGCCUACGGUCCAGGCACAACUACAGGCCGUGUUCGAAAGGGACUGGGACUCCGCCUACAGCACCCCAAUCCACCAGCACUCCGACCUCAAAAUGGUGUGUUAGAUACAAUACUACACUCUAGACCAGUGGUUCCCAACUCCUCGAGUACCCCCAAUAGCACACGUUUUGUUGUAUCCCCGUCAAAAAAAAAACGACUGAUUCAACUCAUUGAGGGCCUGAUAUAUAGUUGACAAGUUGAAUCAGGUGUGCUUGUCUGGGGCUACAAUAAAAAUGUGUACUGUUGGAGGUACUUGAGGACUGGAGUUGGGAACCGCCGCUCUAGACUGUUGCAGGGCCUGUGUCCUCCAAGCCAGCAUGGGGAGGAAUUGGAUGUAAACAGGCCAAUAUAGCAUGUCGAAACUGGAUUUGAAGCCCAAUUAGUUUUUUUUUGUUGCCAAGUAUUCACAUUUCUUCUCUCUGUCCCUGUACACUAGUUCUAAUCGGCAGCAGUUUCUGGGACGAUUUCUUAAAUUGCAGAACAAUUUUUUAAAAUUGUUAUAUAAUUGCAGGAGUACCAGUAGAUAUGUACUGUACCAGAAGAUGGGUAAAACUAUGCUGCCCUCUGCAGCGUCAGUGUGUCUUAUCACCUCAACGAUCAAAACACAAGCCUGUGUGUUUUUAAUGAACUUUGGGUAACUCUUUGGGAAUACAUCCCAGUGAAUCUCAGGGAAAUUGCUAUAUUAUGUGUUGAAUGUUUGGACUGAUGUUUCUAGGCAUGCUGGUUUGAUCCUUUUUUAAUUAUAUUUCAUGUAUGAUUGGUGUGUUGUGCCUUGUUUUUCUAUGUAGCCUAGACUAGUUAAAAAAUAUAUAAAAAAAAAAACAAUCAUUCUGAAUCCUUCUUCCUUUCAAACUAGUAGGUUUGCCAUAGAAUUGUGCAGUAACUGAUUUCAUAUGUGUGCAUUAAAAGUCCAGAAAACGUUGUAUUUUUCUGGAAUUUGCACUGCGUGGAGCGUGUCUUAUGUGAGCAGUGCAGUGGAGAAUGUUGUCAAUGCAACUCAAAAUAAGUGUUUAAAAGCACUGCGCUGCGUAUUAUUUGGCAAGCACUAAUAUUGUACGAUAUUGAUUGCAUUUUGUACACACUACUACCUUUUUUAUGCGGCAAUGUCUUAAUAAAUUGAAUUUAAACAGUU